AUGUCGUACUACUUCGUUAUCGUCUCGCCCACCGACUCGCCGCUCUUCGAAUUGACCUUUGGCACCUCCAAAGCCGGCGGCGACGGCGUCGCCCGAUUCCGCCACGGCGAGACCUCUCGCUACAUGAACCAAUUCAUCGUGCACGCCUCUCUGGACGUCGUGGAGGAGGUGCAGUGGCUGACGCCAAACAUGUGGCUCAAGGUCAUCGACAACUACGCACCCACGAAUUCCCACAUCAGCUGCUUCAUGACGGGGACGAAUGUGCGGUUUAUGCUGCUCCACCAGCCCUCGGCCAUGACCAAUUCUUCUGCCGGGGCUCGAUCAUCGACCAUCUCGUCGACGUCGAUCCCGCAGAAUCCCACCAGUCCCCAGACGGAAGAGGCCAUUCGACAGUUCAUGAACGAGGUGUUCGAACUCUGGGUGAAGACCUUGAUGAACCCUUUUUACACGAUUGGAAAUCCCAUCAAGAGUCCGGUCUUCAAGCAACGAGUCACUGCCGCAGGCCGUAAAUGGCUGUGA